UUGGCUUAAGGCACUCGAUCUAUCUUCAAAUUAUUUAAAUUCGUCAAUACCCAACUGGCUAUACAGUUUUAGCCAUCUUGAACUCCUCAACCUUUGCGACAAUCAGUUGCAAGGAAAAAUUGCAAGUGGUGUUGGAAAGCUAACUUCUCUUGUCAGUAUCGAUUAAUCUAUCAAUAACAUUGAUGGAAAAAUUCCUAAAUCAUUCAAAAGUCUUUGCAAUUUAAGGUCAAUCUUUUUGUGGCAAGCCAAAUUAGGCAAAGAGAUAAAUGACAUCUUCGAGAUUCCGUUACCUUGUGUCUCAAAUACGCUCGAGGUACUAGACUUAAAAGAUUGUCGUCUAUCUGGUUAUAUCCCCAGUUGCAUUGGGCACUUUAAAAAUCUAGCCAACCUUGCUCUGUCAAUUAAUUCCAUCGUUGGUCCAAUUCCUAUCUCUAUAGGAGAUUUGAAAUCCAUGGAAACACUAGACCUUUCUCAAAACAACUUGAAUGGAACUCUCUCUGUGAGCAUUGGAGGACUUACGGAGUUAGAAGAUCUAAAUCUUUCUUAUAAUGCAUUGGAGGGUGAUGUUUCUGAAAUUCAUUUUGAAAAUUUCGCUAAAUUGUCGGGGUUCUAUGCUUCUGGGAACAAAAUAAGGUUGAGAGUUAGCCCUAACUGGAAACCCCCACCCCAUCUUCGCGAGAUGGAUUUAGGAUGUUGGAGUAUUGGUCAAUUUCUCCACUGGGUUCAGUCAUUGAAGGACUUUUGGUAUCUAAAUUUGUCACACUCAGGAAUUGGUAGCCCAAUCCCUAUUUGGUUUUGGGACUUGUCUUCUAAUAUUUAUUACAUAAAUAUAUCUCGCAAUCAAAUCAGUGGAGUAAUUCCAGAUAAACCAACUACCCUUACUAGAAUUGAUGGAUUUGAUAAAAUAUGGGUGGACUUGAGUUCAAAUAAUUUCCAAGGUCCUUUGCCAAACAUCUUCUCAAACGUGAGAGCAUUAUAUCUUUCCAAUAAUUCAUUUUCAGGGCCCAUAUCCAAGUUCUUUUGUUAUAAGAUGCACGAGCCAAGUAAUUUGAGAAUUCUUGAUCUUGGAGAAAAUCUUUUAUCAGGAGAGAUGCCAGAUUGUUGGAUGAAAUGGAAAAGUUUGGAGUUUAUAAAUUUAAACAAUAACAAACUAAGUGGAAAAAUUCCCUGGUCCAUUGGAACUUUAACCAUGCUUAGAUCAUUGCACCUCCGCAACAAUAGCCUCUCUGGUAAAAUUCCAUUAUCACUUAGAAAUUGCACAAAAUUAUCCACACUGGACUUAGGUGAAAAUGAAUUGGUCGGAAAAAUUCCAACAUGGAUUGGAGAAACAUUUCCGAACAUGGUUAUUUUCAGUCUUCGCACAAAUAAAUUUGAUGGCCACAUACGAAAAAAUCUUUGUCAGAUGACUUCUUUAUACAUUUUGGAUCUAGCUGAUAACAAUCUCUCCAGUAUCAUACCAAGAUGUCUCAACAAUUUCAGUGCAAUGGCAAGUAAGAAUGAUUCAAUAGGUAUCCUUCCAUAGGGACAUGAAUCUACAUGUCCAUUUCUUGAGAGCAUGUCACUUGUCACUAAAGGCAAAAUGAACGCAUAUAGCAACAUUCUUAAAUUUGUAAGAGCUAUAGAUCUUUCCAAGAAUAAAUUUUAAGGAGAGAUACCUGAGGAAAUAACAAGCCUAUUAAGCCACACGAAUAAGAUAAGUUUUAUUCUGUUUAUAAUUCUGUUUGUAUAGCUAAGUUCUAUUUGUUGUGUACUUAUCUUCUUCUAC